GCCAUGGCGGCCGUGAGGGAGCAGAGGUGAGGGGUGUUGUGCCGCUCGUCUCCUGCCAUGCUGCGAGGCCUGCGGCGGCGGUGGGACUCCUACAAGUACCGCUUCGUGCCCUGGCUGGCCCUCAACCUCCGCCGCAAGCGCAGGACGCUCCGAUAUGUUCCUGAAAGCUCCCAAGACAAGAUUAUCUCUGAUGAAGAUGUCUUUGAAACACUACUGAAAAUAUUCAAAGCUCUGUUCAUAAAUGACUUCAGUAGACAAGCACAUAUUUUGGCCUUUCUUCCAGAAAUCAAACAUAAAUACCUGGAGUUACUGACUGCGGAGCAGAAGCUAUCAAAAGUACACUCAUGUAACCAUCUAAAUCAACAUGUGUUUAGUCCAGAGGAAGUUCUGUUUAAUACACUAGGGUUCAUGGUUAGCCGGGACCGAAGUUCCCUGGUGUCUGCUGGAAGUGGAGUCUUUGUUACCAGAGGUUUUGUACCAAAGGGGACGGUUGUAUCUAUGUAUCCUGGUACAGUAUACAGAAAGCAUGAGCCCAUCUUUUUCCAGUCCCUUGGCAAUCCCUUUAUUUUCAGGUGCAUAGAUGGUGUCCUUAUUGAUGGGAAUGAUAAAGGACUAUCAAGAUCAGUGUACAGGUCUUGCUGCAGAAGAGACCAGCUUGGCCCGUUUCAGAUGAGCGAUGAGAGCUGGCUCACAGCUGCCCCUCAGAACCCACUGGCAGUGGGACAGUAUGUCAACAACUGCUCACACGAAAAAGCAGCCAACGUGUGUUAUCAGGAGUUUGAUGUGCCAGCAUAUUUUCCAAUAGAACUGAAACAGUAUCUUCCAAACAUUGUCUACAGCCACGACAUAGAGAGGCUCCCUGGCCUGUGUUAUGCAUACAUGUCAUGGUUUAAGCCCAGCUCAUAACUCAGCACCAUGCAGCCACUUGCUCAUUCCCUCUUUUUCCCCCAUUCCUGGGUGGGAUGGGAAGGAGAAUUGAAAGAAUGUAAAUCCCACAGAUUGAGAUAAGAACAGUCCAGUAACUGAAGUAUAACAUAAAACUACUACUACUAUUACUAAUAAUAAAGAAAAAUAAUAAGGGAAAUAAUGAGAGAGAAUAUAAAACUAAAAGAGGAAAAGAAACCAAUAAACACAGGUGAUGCACAAUACAAUUGCUCACCACCCACUGACUGAUACCCAGCCCAACCCGAGCAGCGAUCUGCCCUUCCAGGUAAUUGCCCCCAGUUUACAGACGGGGCAUGACAUGCUGUGGUAUGGAGCACCCCUUUGGUUAGUUUGGGUCAGGGAUCCUGACUCUGCUUCCUCCUGCCUUCUUAUGCCCCUCCUCACUGCCAGAGCAUGAGAGACUGAAAAGUCCUUGAUCAGAGUAAACAUUAUUUAGCAGCAGCUAAAACAUUGGUGAGUUAUCAGCAUUGUUUUCAGACUAAAGCCAAAACACAACACUGUGCCAGCUACUGGGAGGGAGAAAAAAAUGAC